AUGGACACCUGGGAUCGGCGUCACACCACCCCCCCCACCCCUCGGCACGAUUCAUGCAUCGCCACAACCACUACUAUCACCACCAUUCUCGCCAUCGUUCCUACCACGAUCACGAACCGCCACCCCCGCCAGGUGCCUGUCGUGUUCUUCAGCCUGCUACGCAAGGGCACCCCAGACCGCGACCGCAGCGAGGCCAAGCUAGCAGAGGCGUUCGACUUUGUGGCUUCGCAGCUGCGCGGCGCGCACAGCCUGCCGGUGACGUACAUAGCGCUCGACUGGCACCAGCUGGACAAGGAGCUGGGCAGCGAGAAGCUGGUUGAGGCGUUCUGGUCCACACUCUCAGCAGUGGCGCCCGCGCAGGCAAGCCCCGACGCGCCCCACCCCUGGCAAAAACGCAACCCCGCGUUUCACCCGCCUGUUGGGCUGCCCCUGCUGCAGCUGUCGCUGUGGGGCCGGGGCUUUGCGCUGGGCACCGUGGCCAAGGUGGGGCCGGACCACACUGAGGCGACGCCCGUGGAGCUCGGGGCGGCAGGCGGCGGCGGGGGCGGCGGAUUUGUGGUUGCGGGUCAGCGGGUGCCCGACGGCCCGGCCGGCCGCUGCGUCAGCGCGUGCGGGCGCGGGUGGCGCGUGCAGUGGCUAAAGCAGCAGCGCGGCGUGACGCGGUACAAUUGUGCCGACAGCCUCGACCGGACGAAUGUCGGGAGCUACUUUGGGGCGGUGCAGCGGGGAGGGGCGACCUCCGGCGCUCAGCAGUGA